GGUAGGUGACUGGAUGACACUCUCCGCAGGAAAGCGACCGGGAAUCCUGCCGUGUUCAGUGGGAAUGCGGCGGCUGCGGGCUCUGGCACAGCGCGGCGAGUACGGAAGUAUUGUGCUGCGGUGUUUUGUUUUUUCUCGCUCAUACCACAGCGCUGGCUUUCAUUUUCAGACGCCCUGCAGAGUGGCAUGGAGGUUGCUUCUUGCUUUCCGAGGGGGCAGACAUGCCGGAGCUGUGGCCGCCCCGGUCGGCGUCACAGCAGCCGAGGUGUUUAGAAACGCCAGGCCGGCUCGUGUUCUCGCUGCUGUACACGGGGAAGCUGCAGGCCGUUUCUUGAUUGAUAAAGCUCUUUUGAGUAGGAUUGGUAAUAAAUUGAUAGUUAAAAUGUUAUUCAGUAAGCAUCAUUCAGUAAGGGGAGGGGGAGGAGUGCGCUCUUCAAUAAUGCGGACGAGCUCUUGUUAAAUAUUUGACCACCGACUGAAGUAAUCAUCUGAUCAUCCGUUGCAUGUCCGCAAACACAGCCGUCUCGGCCCACGACUUCUUCCAUCCUGCUUCCAAAACCUGGACGCUUAACCUGAACAAAAAAAAUAUCAUGCGAUGAGGAAUGAGUUGCGUUUGAUAGGGGAGCUUCAUCGAAAGUAUUGAAGCAACAAAACUGUAAUAUUGCACACACAAAAUGCUGGAAGAAUUCAGCAGGCCGGGCAGCAUCGAUGGGAAAGAGUACAGUACGGUCGAAGUUCCGGGCCGAGACCCUCCAGUAUUUUUUUAAUUGAUUUUUUAAUGCAUUUUCUACAACACUACAAACAAAAAAAUACCCAAAAACAAAGUAGGAAAUUAGUACAGUACAAGAUAAACAUACAAUAGUAAUAUAAUACAAAAUAAGAUAAUUGAGAAAGCACCCAAGUUGAAGUUAGUGUCCACCCCAAGCCCCACGACAAAAAAAACUCCAGACCAACCAAAACAAAAUGUAGAAAAUAUAAAUCAGAACAUUCAAACCCCCAAAACUGGAAAUACACUUGAAAACAGAAGAUAAUAAUGCCUACUACCAAAAAAAAGAGCUGAAAGCAAGGGACUGAAAAAAAUUAAGAGGAAAAUUAUGAAAAUACUCAAUAAAAGGUCCCUAGGCCUUAUGAAACUUUAUAUCCGAAUUAAGAAUUGAAUAAUGAAUUUUUUCAAGGUCUAAACAGGACAUGAUAUCGUUAAGCCAUUGAGCAUGCAUGGGCGGGGCAACAUCUCUCCAUCUAAGGAGGAUUAGAUGUCUAGCCAGGAGAGAAGCAAAAGAUAAUAUUCGACACUUAGUCGAACUCAAACGUAUAUCUGUCUCACCCAAGAAACCAAACAGACCAAUUAAAGGGUUAGGUUCUAAAUGGUGAUUCAGAAUACAGGAUAAAAUUAUGAAAACAUCUUUUCAAAAUUUCUCUAAGCUAGGACAGGUCCAGUACAUAUGAAUAAGAGAAGCCUCGCCACUUUUGCAUUUAUCACAAAGAGGACUAAUAUUAGGGUAAAAUUGAGAUUAUUUAGAUUUGGACAUAUGAGCCCUAUGAACAAUCUUAAACUGUAAAAGACAGUGGCGAGCACAGAGAGAAGUUGAAUUAACUGAUUUGAGAAUCGAGUCCCAAACCUCAUCAGAUAAAGGGAUAUUUAAGUUAUGCUCCCAAGCCAUUCUGAUUUUAUCCACAGGGGCACGCCGUAAGGAUACUAAUUUAUCAUGAAUAAAGGAUAUUAAGCCUUUACCCAGUGGAUUAAUAGAAAGAAAUAAAUCCAUAGCGUUUUUCUCGGACAUUUCAGGGAAGUUGGGAAUUAAAGGAUUGAUAAAGUGUCUGAUUUGGAGAUAUCUAAAGAAAUGGGCAUUAGGCAAAUACCCUCCAGUAUUUUGUGUGUUGAUUGGAUUUCCAGCAUCUGCAGAUUUUCUCUUGUCUGCAAUAGUACAUUUCUUUCUGGUGCAAAAACAAAAAAGGAAAGGCAGCCUUAGAAGUAGAAGUAAAAGAUAGUAUUGGAUCCAUGAAAUGUCAAAUGAAGUUGCCAAAAUGUGAACCUGAGGAUUCGGGAGCAAUAUGUUUUCAGCAAAAGAAAGGUACCAAGAAUUGGUUAAGAACAAAAUGGAGAAUGGGGGCAAACUUGCAAUGAUAUGAAAAAAUCUCCAAAUAUGUUUAAAAAAAAAUGAAUGAUGACAAAAGUAACCAGCUAAAUGCUUGACUAAGUUCAGUCAGCUAAGUAACCACACAUGGUUUACUUGGUUACAUUAUUAAUCUAAUUCGGUGAAUUGCACAAUCAGCCCCAAGCACUGCUGCAAUUUUCUUUGUUUCAUGGGUGACUUAGAAACUCUCCAGAAUCAGAAUCAGGUUUGUUUUCACUGACAGCCUUAAAACUGAUUUUAUAGCAGCAAUACAUACAAGGUAAUGAUUUUUAAAAUACUGUUACAAUAAGAAAUGCACUGUUUAAAAAUAGUGCUAAAAGAAAGUGAGAUAGUGUUCAUAGUUCAUGGACUGCUCAGAAAUCGAAUGGAGAAGAUUCUGAGAUUCUACCAUCGACAGAUGUGCCAUCGCUGAGUUUAUAGAUGGCAUUUGAGCUGUGCCUAGCCACACAAUUGUGAGUAUAGAGAGUAGUGGGAUAAACGUGCAUUCUUGAUAUGUACCUUUGUUGCUUGUCAGCAAGGAGGAGAUGUUAUUUCUGAUCUGCACUGACUGCGAUAUAGGAACAUCUCCUUCCCUUCUGAAUGGACAUUGAACCCAUGAACACAACCUCACUACUGUUUUUGCACUACUUAUAUUUAAUUUAACUUGUAUACAUUUCCUGUAAGUAUUGCUGCCACAUUGCAACACAUUUCCUGAUACCUGCUGGUAUAUUAAACCUGAUUCUGAGAUUUUGACUUUGUGGUCUGUUGAUGAGGAAGUCAAGGAUCCAGUUGUAGAGGGAGGUAUGUAUGGUGAGGUUCUAGACUGUAUGCCUUCAGGUGGUGAGCUGACUUGUACCUAUUCAUCAUUUCAAAGGACAUGCCUGAUUUCUGGUGUAGGGUUUUCAACCUGAACCAUCAGCCAUCCCUUCUCCUCUAUGGAUUUUGCCUGACCUCCGGAGUUCUUCUGCAGUUUAUUUUUGCUCCAGGUUCCACCAUUUGCAUUCUCUUAGGUCUGCAUCACCAGAGUUACUGUGUCAGUAAUAGGGUUAAAAGCAGCAAUUCGAAAAGAAAAUAUAUUUACAAAUUAAAAAUGCAUUGAGGCCACAUUCAUUUAUCAUUUAAUUAUUUGCCCAAAUAGUUCUUUCUUACUGGUUGGUAAUUUGAGUAAACAAUUAAUAUGGGAAAUAUUUACCUAAAUUACUUUGCCUUCUGCCAAACAUCUUUCCUCUCUCCAUAACUAGACUGAGCCAGAGAAUCAGGGAAAGCCCACUGUCUCACUCAGCUAAGGCCACUAGUUGUUCUGCCAUCUUGUUUAGUGGAUAGUCUUGGCUGAGUUGGAAUGUUGAAAAUAUUUAUUUAUAUGGUGAUACAGCAGCGAAGAGACUCUUCCGUCCCAAUGAGCCGUGCCACCCACCAACCCACCUUUUUAACCCUAGCCUAAUCACUGCACGAUGACCAAUUAGUACUAAUCAGUACGUCUUUGAACUGUUGGAGGAAACUGAAGCACUGACAAACGCAUACAGUCACCAGGAGCUGUAAUAGCAUCGUGCUAACCGCUAUGCUACCUGGUGGAAUCCAAUUCCCAUUGACACAAAGGCCUGGCAGUACUUACUCCCCACAGCUUAUAAGGGACCAGAUACUUGGAAUGUUUUUGGCUCAGUGACUGAUAAGCAACUCGGCCAGACCUACCACUCUCUUUCUGGGCUUGUUAGGUUGGAGAGUCAACCCAUUAGGAUUAAUAGGGCUUGGUUAAAGAAUAAGAAAUUAGUACUAACCAGUACUAGAACUAGGGGACAAAGCCUCAAGAUUCGGGGGAAUAGAUUUUGGAUGGAGAUAAGAAGGAACUGCUUUUCACAGAGAGCGGUGAAUCUGUGGAAUUCUCUGCCCAAUGAAGCAGUGGAGGCUACCUCAGUUAAUGUAUUUAAGACAAGGUUGUAUAGAGUUGCAUUUUAGGGGAAUUAAGAAUUAUGGGGAAAAGGCAGGUAGGUGGAGAUGAUGCCAUGGCCAGAUCAGCCAUGAUCUUAUUGAAUGACGGAGCAGACUCGACGGGCCAGAUGGCCGACUCCUGCUUCUAUUUCAUAUAUUCUAAAUGGUGUGUUGAAUUAAGGAGCUCUUUUCAACGUACUUUUGGAGGGACAUGGAUCAGUGUUUGAUCUGCAGUCACUCACAAUCCACAAUAAGGGAAGAUUCCUUCCUAGUAGGGCAACGUUUGCAAGAAUAGAAAAGUGCAAUACUUCUUAAUCAUGAAAAAAAAGAUAGAUAUUCCUUUGCAAAAGGAUUUUGUUUGUUUUCUGUUUUAGAGAAGCACUUUGGUUAUUGUGCAGUUUUGUUUUCUGUGCCUAGAGAAGUAUUAGUUUGCAAGACUGGCUUUUCUCUGAGCCUCAGUACGUGACAAUAAUAAAGUGAUUCCAGUUGCAAUUCUUGUGUGGUGAAAUGCGGUUAGGUACAGUGGUGUAGAGCUUUACCUGCUAUGUUAACAACGACGUCUUUGUCGAGGGUGAUAGGAUAUUGCUUUCUGACCUCUCACCAAACUGCCAAGGGGCCUUGUGCAGUCUGGUUUUAAGACCCUGAUGCUUAAAAAUUUAAUCCACCCUUUAAUUUUGUUCUCGGGGAGUUUAGUGCUAAUUUCGCAGAUGUAGGUGACUGAGCUCCUUGCAGACUCUUAGUUCAAGCAUUAAGCUAGUAACCUACGAAAUUGGGUUGCUUGCCUUUUGUGAUUGAAUAGUUAGUUUACUUGCUGGUUGAAAGUCACUUGCACCAUGCCGGUUGAUGAUUAGCCUGUUCAAAGGAUGCCCUGCUCUUUCCCAUUGGUUGCCUUGUGUGCCAUGGCACUGGUGUCUGGUUCUGGGUGCCUCGGGGGUAUAAGAAUGGCACGUGCAAGAGACGUGCUGGCUUUAUCCUCCUGGAGCUCAUCUUCACGCUGAAGUAGAGACCAGUGCUGAAGAAUCACUGCUAGAGGGCCCACGUGCACACUCAGCUGAGUACUGUCAAAUUGGCAGGCUAAGGUUGUCUCUAACCACUGGAUCAGGCUGUUGUACAAGAACGUCCAUCCCUGCACCCAAGGUGACACCCAUUGGGAAUGGAAUACAUUGUGCAGUUUCUGAACCGGAUCUGUGCUGGUAUUGAAGCAGUAUUUAGUGUCGCAGAUUAUGUGUUGUUUUAUUUUGCUGUAAUGUCAGCUACUGGAUUGGUUGUAAAUUAUAUUUAUAUAAAACUCUUGACCAAUGACAGAUUAACAUCUGAGGAAGACACCGCCUCUAACAGAAGUCUCUUUGGCAAAGAACAAACAAUGGAGCAAAAGGAACAAGUCACCACUGACACACGGACCGAAAGCUCCAGUAAGAUACCACAAAGUGGGGGUGACCAGGAUGUUUCCAGGAACUCUAUUGUUCUGCUGCAACUCAAUAAUCAAAUGGAUGAACUUGGAACUUUAGCUGAAUGUGAUAGCAGUGAAGAUCUUUCUUUAACAAAUGCUCAAAAACCAAUGGAUCUCCUUGAUAUCUACACCAGUAUGACAGACAGCGUAAUGCCCAGUGAUGCAAACACUGCAGUGCAAUUCGCCAGAAAUGAGGAAGAAGAUCUGUACAGCAGCUUAGAUGAAAUUAACAAAAGACAUCUGAGUAUUUCAGAUUCAGGAAGUGGGCUCGGAGGUGACUUUACAUUAUAUCAUCAAGAUGUGACAGAAAUGGAGAUUGAAACUGCCAUAAAUCUGAAGAAUGACAAUUAUCAUCAAUUAAGAACGUUCGUGUGUCAGGCACUGAUCAAGGGCAAGCAUCUUCCUUCUUGGAUAAUGACCGAGGAAGCUUCACAGAUUCCCAAAAAAAUAUCCCAGGAAGGCUACGGAUGGAUAAACCAGUGGUCUUUGAAACAUAAACAUUGUGGAAAUUCCAUUGAACAACUGGAGAUCUGCUUGGAAACACUUCGGAAGGAGUGGGCAUUUAUACGUUCCAUGCAAAGUGAGACUGAAAGAACAAAUGCAUGUAGAGACCUGAUUGAGGAUCAAGUGACUGAACAAAAGAUUUAUGAAGCCGUAAAGUUUCUAAUGCUAUACAAAGCUAUUCAUCUUCAUAAUGCCAUGGAAAAUGGAAGAAAUGUUCCUGAAUUUUGUAAACAUUUGUUUGCAAGGAGUACAUCGCUUUACCCGUAUUAUCUGAUGAUAAACCACCUAAAUUUAAUUGGCCACAGCAGAGAUUUUGAAGAGAUUGAGACAGAGCUUCUGAAGUACACUUUGGAAAUUGAAAUCAAUAUUUGACAGCAUUAUCCUGGACUAAUUGGGUAACUGGUAUUCUCAAGACCCAAAAAUUGUCAUCACGUACUGCUGAGUAAAAUCAAAAUGGAACAGCUUACUUUCUGUACGUACCAAGAAAGGGACAGCUGAUAUUCUUGCAACUAAUGGAUUCUUUUCAAAUCUGCUCAUCUGGCAAUAAAACACAAAUCUAUCUAAUCCAACUUUCAAAAGAAAAGUAGUUUUAAAAACACCAAAGGGCCUUGAAUUGCUGAAGGGCAAAUGUAAGGAAGAAGAAUCUCAUUAAUUCAAGCUCUCCUGCAUUCCAUCAUGGAGUUUGUAGAAAUAACCUUGCUCAAAAAUGUGUCGAGAACAGGAAAAAAACAUGAAUAUACAGUUUCCAGAGCAGUGCAAUCACCAAAAACAUUUUCACAAUGAUGAAUGUUUAUAAAUAUUAUUAGAACAAAUAAGUUUGGUCAAAGACAGCGUCUUCAAACUGUGCCUUAAAGGAGAAUGCAAUUUAGGAAGUGAUUUUAUAUUUUAGACCUGGCAGUGAAAGGCAUGGCAAGAGCAAUUAAAUUCAGGGAUGAUCAGAGGCUAGAAUCAGGCCAGAUAUAUGCUUGGGGGAGAUUAUAGAAAUGGAGAAGACUGAAGUAAUGUGAAAACAAGAAUGGGGAAUUUCUUAAGCAGGAAAAAGCUAGUGUUGACAAGAACAGGGAUGAUAAUUGAAGCUUGAACAUGAACAAUUUUGGGUGGUGUCGAGUUUGCAAAGAAUGAUACAAAUGAAAUCUAGAGGACGCAGAGUCAGGUAUGGAUAUAAAGGCACAGAAGUGGCAGAUCAUCUGAAGCAGCUGCAGAGUCUGGUAAAUCUUUAAAAGGUAUCAAAGUGAUGGUACAGUCGGCCCUCCUUAUCCAUGGAUUCUGUAUGCGCGGAUUCAACCAAUCGCAGAUCGGGAAAACCCAGAAGUUCUCUCCAGCACUCAUCGUUUGAGCAUGUACAGACUAUUUUUUCUUGUUAUUAUUCCCUAAACAAUACAGUAUAACAACUAUUUACAUAGCAUUUACAUUGUAUUAGGUGUUAUAAGAAAUCUGGAAAUGGCUUAAAAGUACAGGUAGUCCCUGGGUUAUGAAUGAGUUCCAUUCCUGAGUCCGUCUUUAAGUCAGAUUUGAAGUCUGAACAGGUACAUCUGGUAUUAUUUAGCGUCAGUUAGUCAAACGUUUUUCCUUAGUAUAUAGUACAUAUUUUACCUUUCUAUGCAUAUAAAACACUUAAGAAACAUACAUAUUUCAAUAAUUAAACCACUGCAUUGCUUAGUAAUAAUUGUAGCUUUCAUCAGGGCAGGGCCUUUCACGUGCUCCAUUAAAAUUGUUCCUAUUGUUGACCAACUGUAGCCUAACGCUUUUCCAAUGACCGAUGGCAUUUCACCUCUUUCCGAUCGCUUUAUUACUUCCACCUUAUUUUCAAUCGCAAUCAUGAUUAUACUUGAUACUUGGGUUUUCUCUGGAGUGGUGGGGACUGAGGGGAGAUCUGAGGGAGGAUUUUAAGAGUACACAGUAUCUUUUCCCAAGGGUUGAAAUGUCUCAUUAUCAAAGGGCAUGCCUUUAAUCUGAGAAGGGGUAAUCUCAAAGGAGAUGUGAGGGGGAGUGUUUUUUUUCUUAUGUACACACACGCGCGAGUGGUGGUUGCCUGGAAUGCUCUGGUUAGAGUGGUUUACAGACAGAACACUAGAGACUUUUAAGAUGUGUUUAGAUAGGCAUGUGAAUGUGAGGAAAGUGGAAGAAUAUGCACACUGCAUUGGCAGAAGAGAUUAGUUAGCCAUUUAAUUACUCCUUUAAUUGUUUUGGCACAACAUUGUGGUCCGCAUGGCCAGUUUCUGUGCUGUACUGUUCUAACAUUUAAAUUAUGUCAUUAUAGGUGCAUAUAAUAACCUAUAUUGUCAUUGUGUCAGUAUUUGUUGCACCUAGAGACAUCUCACCAUGCUGUAGACUUUCCAAAACAAGCUACUGAGAAAUUCAGUUUGGCUGACUGAGAAUGCACACUUUUCCGAUGAAAACACACUGCAUUUACCAAAAUCCAAAUAAGUUGUGACCAGACCAUCUGUAACUAAAUCACAUUUACUACCUUGGAAUAUUUAAUUGUUUGCAAUUUCAUCACUUUUCUAAACCCUUGUGAACAGUGAGACGAAGAUUCUCUUGGCUUGGUCAAAGAACCAAUUUACACUAAUUCUCUGGAGCUUCUGCCAUCUCCAACGGGAUCCCAGCACCAAGCACAUCUUUCCCUCCACCCCACUUCCUGCUUUCCACAGGGAUGGCUUCCUGUGUGUCUCCCUUGUCUAUUCGUUCCUCCCCAUUAAUCUCCCUCCUGGCACUUGUCUUUACAAACGGAACAAGUGCUGCACCUGCUCUACACCUCCUACCACUCAGGGCCCCAACAGUCCACCUGUGAGUCUAUUGGGGUCAUAUACUGUGUCCAGUGCUCCCAGUGUGGCCUCAUGUAUUUCGGUGAUACCCAAAAUAGAUUGGGAGACCGCUUCACCAAUCACCUACGCUCUGUCCACCAGAAGUGGAAUCUCCCAGCAGCCACCCAUUUCAAUUCCACUUCCCAUUCCCAUUCCAGUAUGUCAAUCCAUGGCCUCCUCUACUGUCGCAAUGAGGCCACACUCAGGUUGGAGGAAUAACACCUUGUAUUCCAUCUGGGUAGCCUCCAAGCUGAUGGCAUGUGGCAUGAACAUCAACUUAUUGAACUACCAGUAAUGAUUCCCCCCCCCCUUCACCAUUCCCCAUCCCCUUUUCCCUCUCUCACCUUAUCUCCUUGCCUACCCAUCCCUCUGGUUCACCUCCCCCCUUUUUUUUCUUCCAUGGCCUUUUGUCCUCCAUUAGAUUCGCCCUUCUCCAGUUCUGUAUCUUUUUCACCAAUCAACCUCCCAGCUCUUCACGCCUCUCCCUCCCAGUUUCACCUGUUGUUUCUCCCUCUCCCCCACCCCCACUUUUUAAAUCUACUCUUUUUUUUCUCCAGUCCUGCUAGAAGGCCUCAACCUGAAACAUGAACUAUACUCUUUUCCAUAGAUGCUGCCUGGCCUGCUGAGUUCCUCCAGCAUUUUGUGUUGUUUCAAUUUCCAGCAUCUGCAGAUUUUUCUCUUGUUUGUGACCACAUAAAUUUAACACCAUUCUGGCUUUAACAUCUCAAUUUUAUGUCUCAAUCCCAUUCUGCUGCCUAGUGACAAUGGAAGAGGGGAGAAUGGAAAGAAGGAAUGAAUGCAUUUGUGUUUAAAUGCUACCGCAGUGCACAGGUUGAGACAGAUCAAUUUGACUUCUACUGUGCCAGACCAAGUGCAAAACUAGAAAAUGACCAUGCAUUUUCAGUCUGUACUUUUACAAAUUGCUUCUAAUUUUAAAGAUUAAAAAUAUUUGUAAAUCAAUUAUUUGAAAUUCUCCAUGCUGGUUGCAAAAAUGUCAGUCUAAAUCUAACCUAUCUGUCUUAAGUGCAUGGGACCAAUGACAUGUCCAUAGUCCAAUCAGUAGUGGUUAUGCUCCCUUUAGAUUAUCUGCAUUAGGAGUGCUUUUUGAACUUAGCGCCAAUUGGCUUAAACUUAAAUAUUAUGUCAACUCAAUGAACUUCUGUUAUUUCAAACACUUUCCUAAUUAUACUCAAAUUCUCUGUAACUACAUGCUGAAACAAAACUAGUUCCUGCUUGAGAAUCUGAAGCUGGAGUGAAGAUAGCAGCUCAUUUUAUGUAGCUUAGUUUUUAGUACCGGAACAAAAUUCUCUGGCAGUUUGCUUUUAUAUGAGAAUUGUUGCCGUGUUCUGACCACCUGUUGUCCAUGCUGUUUUUGGACACACAAAAGUUCCCAUUGUCCUAAACCUUCCACUUUAAUAUCACCAUCAAGUUUAGAUCUUUUCAUGGUCUCAUGUUGUAUUCUCACAACUCUACAGAUUCCCCAUCUCCCUAAAGCUCUUUGUUCCUAUAAUUGAUUUACACAAUUUUAAAAGUUGAUGAUUUUACCAAUUGAUUACUUUUUGUUUUUAGUCAUUACUGAAGCAACUGCACUUAUACAGAUACCAAAUAUCCAUUGACUAAUUAAUUGUGGAACUCAGUUACAGCCAAACCAAAUCAAUCUCAAAUCUCCAUCUAGUUCGAGAGAGACUAAUGUUUAAUAACAAGGUACAGGGAUGUUUCAUAUCCCAAUUGUAUCUACUACCCAAAGAGAAGAAACCACACCGAAUAACACAGACUGGAAAUACAACUUGGAUCAUUUUGUUCAAAAUGACAGUUACUCAACCAUUUUAAGUUUAGCAAUUAAUGAGAUUUUUGCUGUAUUUAAGGCAGCAGGUUCCUUAAAACAAUGUCAUUUAUUGCAACUUGUAAAAGAACUUAGCUUUUUAAAGAACAUGUCUAAACUCAUUUUGAAACCAAGUCUAAGAAUUUGUUCAGUAUUUAACAAAUCCAUUUCUGUGUUCAGUGAAAUAGCUUGCUCAUGUCAAACUUGCAAAGUAAACAAUGUACAUGGUGAUAGUAAAUAAAACAAUGAAGACAAAGGUUGUAGUGCAGUCUAAAGGGGUGCAAAACAAAAUGCACAACCAGAUGUGUGAGAAGAGGGAGAAUAAUUCAAGACGUUCUAAUAUAGACAUUGGUGUACUGUUAAAGCUAAAUGUUUUAUAGAGUCUCUUCUAGAGUAUUACUAAAGUAGUAAACUUGUUAAGAAUUAUUUCCAUUUAUUCAGACGAUUGUAUUGGUUGGUUAAGAUCAAAUGUUGCCUUGGCGAUGUUUUUUACUGAAUACAGAUAAAAACAUUGGAAAUACCAAUAGGUAUGGAA